GAUAUCAAUCAAUCUGGAUACAUUUUAUACAGUUGAUUAACAUGUAAUAAUUAACUCUUAAUACGCAAACUAACACUUUAGCCGUUUUAGACUGUUUGUAAUUCCCUGCUGAGUAGCUCCGGAGAAGUCUUAAUAACGUGUGACGUAACAGCAACAGGGAUCUUGUGUGAAUGACUCGAGGAGGGAGAGGGGAUAACCAGGCUGACGACCUCUUGGUCUUACGUUGUUCAUGCUGCAUUCACUGUAACGCACCAACCUAAUGACAGCACCAUGUCCUGUGGACAGCAAUUCCCCUCAAGAAAAAACAUUUUCGUCUGUUGCCUUAAAACUCCUGCCUUGGAUUGUCGCUACUGAGGACGGUAUGGGAAUGGAUCUUAGCUAGCUAGCUAGGAUAUAUGGCUGCCUUGCUAACUUGAUUGCGGUGUUGCUGCUUUUUAUGCAAUCAUCCAGCAAACUGCAUAGGCACAAAGCUUGCCGUAUGCUGGACGAUUUUGCCUCGGUAGGCAGCCUGUGUCACUGAUGACAGGUGCGGCGCGGGUCUGGGCGUGCUCAGUGCACUUGUGAACGUCAGGAUGAGUGGGACUGGGGAACAGACAGACAUCCUGUCAGUGACAGACCUGGUCAGGGACCGAUGGAGAGUGGUGAAGAAGAUAGGUGGAGGGGGCUUUGGAGAGAUCUAUGAAGUGCUGGAUCAGCUGAAUCAGGUCAAUGUUGCGCUUAAAGUGGAGUCAGCCCAGCAGCCCAAACAGGUCCUCAAGAUGGAAGUGGCUGUGCUCAAGAGGCUGCAGGGUAAAGAACACGUAUGCCGUUUUGUUGGUUGUGGCCGCAAUGACCGCUUCAACUAUGUUGUGAUGGAACUACAGGGGAAGAAUCUGGCGGACCUGCGUCGGACCAUGAGGAAUGGAACGUUCUCUGUGUCCACCACCCUCAGACUCGGCCGGCAGAUUCUGGAAGCCAUAGAGAGCAUCCACUCCGUUGGCUUCCUGCACCGCGACAUCAAACCGUCUAACUUUGCCAUGGGUCGACUGGCCAGUACAUGCAGGACGUGCUACAUGCUUGACUUCGGCCUGGCAAGGCAGUUCACCAACUCCUCCCAGGAAGUCCGGCCGCCUCGUCCAGUAGCUGGUUUCAGGGGGACUGUGCGCUAUGCGUCCAUGAACGCCCACAAGAACAAGGAGAUGGGUCGUCAUGACGACCUCUGGUCACUCUUCUAUAUGCUGGUGGAGUUCAUGGUGGGCCAACUACCUUGGAGGAAAAUCAAGGACAAAGAGCAGGUGGGUAACAUGAAGGAGACCUACGACCACAAGCUCAUGCUCAAACACCUGCCUUCAGAGUUUACCGUCUUCCUGGACCACAUCUCCACUUUAGACUACUACACCAAGCCUGACUACCAGAUGCUCAUGUCCGUGUUCGACAACAGCAUGAAGACUUACACUGUGCUGGAGAAUGACCAGUAUGACUGGGAGCGCAGUGACUCCGAGGGCCUGUUGAGCAUCCAGACCCUGACCACAACCGCCCAGCAGCUCACCCGCCUCACUCCUGCAUGCAUGGGAAUGGCCAACGCGUCAGUGGUGCCUGGAGACCUGCAGCGGGAGAACACGGAGGACGUCCUCCAGGGCGAGAGGUUGAGUGAUGCCGAUAACUGCCCCCCGAUGCCGUCCCAGCAUGCCCUGGGUGGUGACGUAUGGGAGGAGAUGGAGCGCACCCGGGACCGCAACCGCAACCACAUGCAGCAACAGCAGCAGCAGCAGCAACAGCAGCAGCAGCAGCAGCAGCAGCAGCAGCAGCAGCAGCAGCAGCAGCCGCUCAUCAGGAAGGUGAGGGAGGUGAGGCCAGCUGCCCUGCAGAGAGUGAAGGUGGCCAGCGAAGAUGAGCGCAGCCAGAACCAAGGAAACCAGAGCCCCAACAGCGGGUCCAUUCAGGGCUCUCCUCGUCGGGUGCGGUCGGAAACGGUUUUGCUGGACCGGAUGGCGCCUUUGCUUCGUCGCAUGAGGCAUAGUCAGAGCAUGGGUCUUGACAAGAGGCUCACUCCCGAACCCAAACCCACCAUCGAGCGCUUCCUGGAAGCUUAUCUAGGCAAACAGCGACCAGGCCUUGCCCAGGAUCGAGAGCGAGGCUCCAGCCUGGGCAGCCUUCGAGGCAGUGGCGGUGAUGAGGACCUCCAGCAGCUAGGGGGUGCCAGCUCCCCCAAGCAGGGCUCCCAGGGCUCCCUGGAGCAAGAGGAGGCGGCCAGCAGCGGUGGCUACGUAGCAGUCACCCUGAGCCCCGUGCUCCAGGUGGGAGACUCCCAGGAGUGGGUGAUGGUGGAGCUGGAAGGGGGCAGCGGGAGUGGUGGCUCGGCCGUGUCCAAGCCUGAGGACGAGGAGAGAUCCGGGGGCGGCGGAUGCACACUGGGGCCUGAGGUCCUGGCCCGCACCUGGUCGGACCCGCUCCCUCAGCGCAGCAUCGGCAGCACGAGCUCAGGCGAGCUGCAAGGCGUCCUCUGCCACACCUCCCCUCCCUACGGUCGGUUGCCGGGGUUACCCGGGUUGCAGGGGCUGUGUGGUGGGCUGACAGGGCUCAGGAGGCUGCCCACCAUACCAUCGACCGCUGUCAUGCGCAUUGGCCGCACUCCGCAAGAACAGUUUGGUGAGCAACAGAAAGCUGAACGAGACAGCAGACAGGAGGAACAACCUGGAACCACAGAGGACCAGCACGAGAGGGAGCUUGGCCCGGACGACCCCCCCAGCCCCGCAGGGCCAACCCCGGAUCCCCCGCCUGACAGGAACCCCCCAAGGGAUACCCCCAAACUCACCUCUAAGGAUGUUGAGGGAGAAAGUGACUCUGGGUUCCCUGACCAGGGCGACACGACAGCCGGCGGCAUGGAGGGUACCCAUCCCUCGGGGGCCACCCCGCCUCCCGCCCUGAGACGGGACUCCUCUCCCAGGGGGAGCCGGAUCCCUGUGCGUGACCUCGACUCACCUACGCGCCGGCCCCUAUCCCCUUCUCUCUCCCCGGCCAUCUCCCCUUCCUGUGAACACUUCCCCUCUGUGCUGCUGCGUGACCGGCUGGUCCUGGGGGGUUCGGUUGGUGGGGGUGCCUGGCAGGUUGAGGACCCCCCCUCGCUGUCGUCGUUGUCUUCGUGGAGGAGCCGGAUCCCACGGCCCCUGAGCCCCACACUGGCCCCGCCUGACGUGCAGGCUACCAACCGUUUCCUGCCCCGCCCCCCGCCAGGCAAACCUCCCCUCCGCCCCGCUGGAGACAACAGGCGCCGGCGUUACCGUAUCCGUGCCAGCAGCACUAGCGACGCCGAUCUCCUCGACAACCUCACCCAGCUGAUGCAGGAGCGUGGAGGCCCAGCCACCCACUACAGAAGCCCCUCCUCCUCAGCCCUGCAGCGCUCCCUGAGCUCCUCCCCCUCUCGCCACGAGUCGCAUGAUGUUGGUGGAGUCUUCCUGGGACGCAGCCAAUCGCCGUCCAGCUUUUCUGGGUCCCCGCCCCCUCUUCGCGCGGCCGAGCUGAGGGCCUAUCGGUCGUCAGGGUACUGCCCCAAAGGCAGGCUGGGUAACCCUGAAGGGAAACUCGCUACCAAGCUGAGCAGAUGAACAACCGUCCAACUUCAGGAUGGGAUGGACUGGGGGGGGGGGGGUCAUGGGUAGCGGCACAUGGCUCUAUUCUAACUGUGGAAUGUCUGGAAGAAUUCUCUGGAAUUGUAGUUUGAGCCUGAGCUGAACUUUCGGAAACACUAGUGACCAAGUUUGGACAGAAUGCUUGGAACAUCCUUGUUACUGAUGAUUACAACAAUGACAAUGGCGAUGGCACUGAAGAUGACACUGGUGUAAAAAUGGUCCCUUGCCUUUUCAAACUCCUGUCAGGCACAUGUGUCUUCUGCCACACCUUAGACACCUUGUGCUCCAUUGUUUUUUCUGUUGAUUUUCUAUUCACUGUUUCUUUUUGUCUGUCCUUAAAAUCACUCGAUUUCAUUCCUUUACACUACUCCUGAAAUUCCUUUUAUGGCUUGCCCUUGAAGGAUCGUUGCACAUCAGUCUUUUGCCAAAACCAUAGAAUUUACAUCAUUCUAUGGUUUGUCAGCUCAUGUAUUUUAAUUUUUUUUUAAAUGCAUUCUUUUUUAUGUCUCCAUUGUAUCAUAUGUCAUUUGUUAAAGUCCAAAUAUAAUUUAUUUUUCUUAGGAAAAGAGUUAUUUUCUAUUUUCAUUGACUCCGCCAUUAUUGAUCAGUGGAUAUCAAUUGAUCAGAUGGCCAUAUGGUAAAAGUUCUGUAUAGCCGUAUUUGGUUCAAUCAAGCAUGUGUAUAUAUAUAUGUAUUUAAGGGAAUGUAUGUAAUGUAAAACAGUAUCAUCUAUAGAAUGUAUUUAUUUAUUAUGGACAUGUGUGUUACGGUACUUGACAGCUAAGCUCGGAAUUGACAAUGUGUUCUUGCUUUGGCAGCCACAUAUUCAAGCAGUCAGUUGUCUUAAAAAAAAAAAGAAAAUGGUCAAGUGUCCUCUCCUCCAUGCCUGCAGUCUCCCCCUGCCAAAGUACUGUACUUUGGGGGGAAAAAAACAAAACAAAUGGGGAAAAAAGGAGAUAUUCCGCACCGUACAUUUUUGAAAACUCUUUCCUUCUCCUAAUAUGAACACUAGCUAAAUGUAGUCAAUCAGUUAUCGUUCACCGCAGUAGAGGUUACAGCAUAUAUAUAUAUAUUUGAAUCUGCACUGUUUUAGCAGUGCACUCAUGUGACGCCAUUGGCAAAAUGCAGUUUAUGAUACUGGCCUUUUUAGAAUCCCAUUACCAGAUCUAGUCAUAUUUAGAAAGCCAGAAGCCGUAACAGCAUUUCAUCCAUAUUUGAAAUCCAGAACACUGAGGUGUCGCUCAGCUCUCCCUGAACUUGAUUUAGUAAUUUAAAAAGAGACGAGAGAAACCCUUUUUUGGUCUAUGAGGUUAUAAAUACUGUACAUUUUGUCAAUAGGCCACAUGCUCACUUCACUGUAAUCAAACCACUCAUGCUUACUGUAUCUUACAAGGAAGAUACUUAAAAAGGACAUGACAUCCUGUCUGAAAGACCUUUAGUCUUAAUAGCUGUACAGAAUCUCUAUGUAAACUGCCAGUCAUUGUGGCAUCCUCAGCUAUACCAAGUAGUAUAGUGCUAUAUUUUUCCUUCAGUUGCCAGCGUUUUUCUUUAUCAUAUAUCACGCAAAUAAACACAUCUGAUAUGUUGGAAUGUAAAUGUGAAAGGGGAAAAGUGUGCAUGACUGAUUGCACAUAAGUCACUGUGGUCAUUAGCUUUUGUAUUCAUUUAUACAACAUCGAUGUACUGUAUAUUGUCUGUACAAAUCAAUCUGUUUAUUUUUUAAAAUAAACUGCUCAUGAACUGAAACAUCAAGGAGACCAACAGUUUGGUUUAGAUGAAAACA